UCCUGUAUUCUUAAUUGCAGUAUUGCAUUUUCCUUUGUCUAAAUCUAAAAGUAUAUUUUAUUGUUCAUUUUCUUAAGCUAAUAUAUCAAGCUUUCGAUUGUAAAAGAACAAUUGCAUUGCGUGUUAGGCGUUACUUGCCAACACAGUGACUUGGCGACCAAUUUUUUAAACUCAUAUCUUUUACGUGUAAGGCGGCUUACGUGAACAGGAAAGUAAUUGACAAUGAGUGAAGAAAUGGAUGUAAUUCAACCCAUGGCCAAAAGGCAAAAAUUAGAAGAUGGAAGUAGUAGUGCUGAUAUUACCGAAAAUAAUCUAGAGUUAGGUGAAGAUGUUCCGGCAACGGAAGAGAAGUUUAAGGUUGAUAAUAAAUAUGAAAAUUUUGUUACUCCCGAGGAGUUGGAGAAACUUAAGGAAUUCAAAGUGCUCGAUGAAGUGAAGUCUAAUGAUGGAGACAGCAAUGCUGAAGAUUCUGAUACUUCUGAAGGCAAGUCUGAAGAAUUGCCCGAGGAGGAAAUUGAGAAGAUGUUAGAUGAGAAUUUGCCGGAAGACUUUAAAGGAACUCGUAAGCCUAAAGAUAAACCAUACGUAACUCGCACAAAAAUCUUCCUGGAAGAGAAAGGUAUUAAUCAAUUCGAAAUACUUCCCUUGGAUUGGAUGAUGGUGCGACAUUAUAGUGGUAUGCCUUUGUUUAUGCAUCGACCUACGCGGGUUUGCACUUUGGCGAAACCAUAUUUUCUUGGCAAGGGUAACACUCGGCGACACGAUAUUCCCAUCAGCGCCAUACCUUGUCUAGCUUAUAGACGCGCUUUAGAAGAGGAGGAGAAGCAGAAAGAAAUCGAUCGUCGAGUGGAGGAACAGAUUAAAAAUAAAACAUGGCUCAGUGAUAUCGAGAAUAGAGAACCCGGUACUAAAAUGGAAGUCGUUAUUGACAACUGCGAAUCUACGAAUGAAAGCUCCGAGACGUCUGGCUUUAGGGGCAAGUGUCCGUUCAAGCAUUCAAUCGGGAAGAGUGACGCUGGGUCGAAGGACAUUCCGAACGAUGUGGGCGCAAUGGGUGUGGAGGGUGCAGUGGGUGCUGUGGGCGCAAUGGGUAUGGAGGGCGCAGUGGGUGCCGCGGGCGCCGUGAACGCAAUGGGCGCCGUGGGCGGGCGCGCCGUGCAGCUGCCGGACGGGCGCGUCAUGCCGGCGCCGCGCGUGGAGUCCGUAGACACGAGCUGGAAGACGCAGCACCUCACGGCCGAGCAGAUCCACGACUACUGCAAAGCGCUUUUCAAGUUUAAGACCGUCAAUUUUAUGCAUUUCAACCGUUGGGCGGACCGACGUAAGUACACGAAGGCGAGGAAGGCUCUGCAAUACCCUAAGCUGCCAGAGGGGACCAAGCUGAUCACGAUACCCGCGACAUCCUCGGGUCAGGAGAACGGCGCGGGCGGGAAGGCGAAGCGCGACUGGGUGAUGAACAUGAACGGCUGCAGCUACCUGUCGGAGUUCCACGAGUACGUGUGCCGCGCGCUGCAGAAGCAGCCCGUGUACGAGUACAAGCAACUGGAAAACGCGUCGUCGCCGUACCAGGCCACGGUGUACAUCGGCGGCAUGCAGUACGGCGUGGGCCACGGCUCCAGCAAGCGCCAGGCCAAGUACGCCGCCGCGCGUGCCUCCAUUCAAACGCUCAUCCCCGAGAUGCGCCAGUACCUGGAGCCCGAGCGCGCCGCGCAGCCCAAGGACCCCAAGGAGCCCGACUUCAGCUUCUUCGACUACGUCGGCAUUGAGGACCCGCGCAUCGCGGAGUUCUGCGCGGCCACCUGCGAGCCCUCCCCGCACGCCAUACUGCUCACCUGUCUGCUGCGGAACUUCGGCGCCGGCGACUGGCACGUCAACACCGAGAUGAAGAAGCUGGAGUAUCAGAAGAUCGAGCUGACGAUGCGCGUCGGCAAGCAUAGCGCUACCGUCGUGUGCAAGAACAAGAAGACCGCCAAGCAACGCGCCUCGCAGGCCAUCCUGCAGGCGCUUCACCCUCACGUGCGUUCGUGGGGUUCACUGCUGCGCCUGUACGGGUCGCGCUCCGUCAAGAGCUGCAAGGAGAAGAAGCUGGAGGAGCAGCAGAUCACGCUGCUGCAGGACAAGGCGCGCCACAACGAGCCCAACUACGCCGUGCUCGAGAAGUUGCGCAACGAGAUGCGCAAACUGCGUGAGCGCGAUGAGUCGGUCGUGCCCAUCGGCACGCUGCUGCUGGCCGACCACCUGCCGUCGCACUCCGCCUCCAACCUCAACAACGUGGACCUGUAGGCUGGGACGGUAGCUAAGACUUCGAAGCUUACACCAUGACGCACCAAUAAUAUUCCGCUGUCGUGCUUCGGACAGAAAUCGAAAAAGAUCUCAAGUCUAUCGAAUAUUUAUGAGCAAUAUACAUCGUUCAAAAGGUACUUAAAAAAAGGAAAUAAUAAGUAUUUAUGUAUAAUGUUUUUAUCAGUUCAAUUCGAUAAAUAAUAUUAUUUAUAUUGAUGACAAAAAUAUGAAGUUGAGGCAAAUUAAACCUUUCAAAAUAUACAUAAAAGAAAUUGUAGAAAUUGUACAAAAAAAGUGGGCAUGUAAUGUACACAAUGCAAUAUUAUACAUUUAAUAUAAAAACCAUUAGAAUAGUCUAUGUAUUCGUAGUAUGACAAAAAUAUUUGUCAAGGGACAUAAAAUCUUAGUCCCCAAGGUUGGUGCCGCAUUGGCUAUAAGCGAUGGUUGACAUUUCUUACAAUGUCAAUGUCUAAGGGCGUUUGGUGACCACUUACCAUCAGGCCUAUAUGCUCGUCCACCUUCCUAUUUAAUAUAAAAAAAAACUUUCAAGUUUAUAUUUGUAUUAAGAAUUUCAUCUGUAUCCCAAAAUGGCACAAACUUUAAUUGAAUCGAAUUAAAAAUGAAAAGUUGAACGAUGAACUUGUAAUUUGAUCCGUAUUGCGAUAAAAGAUAAUAAUAUUAUAUAGUAGCGGGGGCGGGGGGUCCGGAAGUUGGUUGUGUUAGUAACCCCCCUUUCAGUGCCUGAACUCUCACCGACCGUGUCGGGUUUCCCGAAUUAUGAGAAUGUGGGAGUACACUUGUGUUUUUUGCUCUAUAUAAUGUUCUGUGCAGUUUCUGGCUAGUAUUCUAAAGAAUUGAAUAUAUGUUAUCGCUUAGGAAUUUGUAAACGUCACAAACACAUCGAAUUGUUUGUGCGUGUGUGUCAUUAGACGCUAUCAAUAGCGUGCACCACACUAGCAGGUAUUUUGGCUACUACCACCAUCGUAAUCUCAUUGCCUGCCUGACUUAAAUACAUACAAUAUUACUAUUAUUUUAUUUUUGCAAUAUUCAUUCAUUGUAUUAAGAUAAUAUAAAAUAAACUCAACUAAACAAACCUUCUUCUCAAAAGGGAGGGGAGGCCUUAGCCCAGAAGUGGGACAUUAACAGGCUGUUACUCUGUACUUUAUUAAGAUAACUUAUCAUUAGUGUUUAACAAUUGUAUUCACUUCGAAGUAAUCAAGAUCAAACUACAUAGCUGUUUAUAUCGCAUGCGGUCUAUAUCAAUUUUGUAUAAUGUACUUAGUACGCACUUGUAACGUAUGUAUAGCGACUGUAUAUUAUACACUAUCGCGAUGUAUUUUAUACAUUGAAUACAUCGUGGCAUCGAAUCAAUUAUACAUUCAACAGACGAGAUGGUAGGACACGGGAAGCAAGCGGCAAUGAAUUUUCAUGUACAUUUAUAAUUCUUGUAUUCAUAGCAAACAGUAUUGAAAAGGGAAGCACUUAACCCAGCCAUGGGAUAUUAACGGGCUGUUACAUUAAUAUAGUUCAUAUAAUAUAAUAUGGACAGUCGCGAUCACAAGUGAAAUUCUAUCGAUACGUUGGACUCGGUUAAAACUUGAAUAUAUCCAAUGCGACUUCAUUAUUGUAGUAAUUCGUUAUAAAGAGGUACUCUAGGUUAGGUAGUGAGUUUAUAUAUAGGCUAGAGAUUCAUAUGUUAAAUAUAACUCGGUCAUAGUAUAUGUGUGUAGGUUUAGUUGAUGUUAGGGCUUUGUGCAAGCCGGUCACGGUAGAUACUACCCGCUUGAUCUACUUAGUAUUAUUGUAAUCCGGUUUGAAGGGUACUUAAUUCCCAAAGUCAGUGGCGUAUUGGCGAUGUAAGUGUAUUUGUAACAGUGCCGACCUCUAUAGGCGGUUGCGAACACUUAUUAGCUGGCCCAUUUGCCAUUUGGAGGUGUAUAACUCCAAUCAAAGUUUUCUUUAACUAAUAAAAUAUGACUUUUUUUUCAAUUAGAGCAAUGAAUUGAAAUGUUGCGGUAUUUAAAAUAUUUUGCUAAGAAUAAAAUGUAUAACAAUUACUGACAUUGAACUCGUUUCGCGUUCGUAUUUAUAAUCAAUUUAAAAAUAAUUUUUAUUUAAAUAUCAUAGUCAGCUAUUGUCGUUUGUAAUGCGAUAAUUAUAUAUUAUAUAAAAUAAAAUAAAAAUUGUACACUAUUUCCUGUAUUUGACGCGAAUUAAAUAUUUUUUCGAUAAUUCUAAAAAUUAUAUUAAAAUAAUUCAGUGUAAUAUGACCAAUGCAAUAUUUUUUAUUGUCAAAACAUGGAUAAAAUUAUAUUAAAUAUGUAUGAUAAAAAACAAUUCUUUGGCCAAAAACGGUGCUUCGAAAAUCCACACUAUUUUUUUUACAUUAUUUAUAAGAAUAUUG